AUGGGGUGUAUAAGUGCCAAAGAUGUCCAGUAAUCUAUCAACAAAAACAUCUAUAACAAUAUGAAAUAAAUACACAUCAUAGCCUUUGAUCAAGUAAUUAUAUUUGUAUCUAAUCUCCACAGCUUUUUUUAUUGCAAUCCCAAUGUUUAAGAGAUCUCGAUCUUUUACAGAGUAAAGUGAUAUCCAGAAGAAUCAAUUUGAUCAAUAUCACAAAGGCUCAUCUUCUCAAUAACCCUAAAUUGACUGAAGCAUUUAGAUUGUGGACUUGGGGAGUUUCACUUUGUAACAAGGGAAAUUCAAAAGGAAUUAAUGUACAUUACAAUUUCAGCAAUCCUAAUGAAUCAGUUGAUAAGAAUCUUACAUUCAUUUAUAAUCUAGGUUCCUGCAAAGAACUUAGGUUUCUUUGGUUUGCUAUAAUUCUGAAGGAAUAUGUUGAAUAUGUAUAAAUUGCAAAACAAUAAUUUCCAGAAGAGCGUCUCAAGGCCAAAGAUAUUUAUGACAAAUUGAAGACUAUGAGAGAACAAUCUUAAAUUUACUUAAAUACUUUGUCACCAGCCGAAAAGAUUGAAUCCUUUUCAAAUAUCGAAUACAAUAUGAGUAAAAUUCACAAAGGAUUGCACAAUGCAGAUUCUUUUUAUGAGCAUUUAAAGGAAUUAGAGUUUGAGUUAUUGGCAGUUAUUGAUAAGAGUAAUCAAUAUGAAAUCGAAGCAGAUUAAUGGGGCCGUAAACUAUAUCGAGAUCUAGAUGUCAUACCUGUUGGCGAGGAUUCUUAUAGAAUGAGGGCAAAGAUGAAUAGUUUAGUGUUAUUGUAUCAUCCAGGUAAAAAGAGAACAUAAGAAGAGGAAGAUUACUAUUAUAAUAUUAAAUUAGAACGUUCAAAAAUAAAACCUAAAAUUAUGAACAACGAUGAGGAAGAUAAGAAGUUUAAUUGUAAAUUAAGAUGGACUGGUUGCUCUGAAGUUGAUAGGAAAUGGAGUGAAAUCUCAUACAUUUUGGAAGAACACAAUCAAUAAAUGAAAUAAAUGAAAUAGAUUAGGAACAAAAUACGAAAUGAAUUAUAAACCUAUAAGUAUGAAGAUGACAAUUUGAUUGUAGCUUGGAAAAUUUACUGUCUGUCACUAUUAACUGAAAUAAAGGAUGUAAAGAUUACAUUAAACAUAAGUGAUUAAGAAACAGUUUAGAGGAUUCUCAAAAAUCAAGUACCUUUAAGCCAGAAUUUAGAACUACAAUCUAAACUAUUUAGUGAAUAUUUCUUCAUAAUAAGACCUUCAAAACAGAAGUAACUGAAGGAGUAUUGGAAGAAAUUGGAUUUUGAUAAGUAAUGGAUUUAAGGAUCAUUUAUGGGUUAUGAUCAGUUCAAGUUGAUGCAUCACUAAGAUCAGUAUAACAUGAUGACAAAUUUAGCCAAGAAUAUUUAUGAAUUUACCUCUAAAAAUCCUGAUUAUCAAGAGAUAUAUUAGAAAAGUAGUUUAUUUAUUAAUUCAUUUAGAAUACAUGAGAUUAGAGCAAGAGGCUGAGUAGUUAUUUAAUGAUGGGAAGUCUAUAUUUGAGGAGAUGGAGAGACUCUAUGAAUAAUAUAAAAUAGACAAAGAUGUUGAUAAAUUAAUGAGACAACAAUUAAGAAGUGAUGAUAUUAUUUUAAAGAAAAAAUCUAAACUUUCCAAAUAUAAUUGA